AUGCCAUCCUUCAGUGACGACUACCCGCUGAAACAGAGCUGUUGCAGACUGGAAGAUUUACGAAAAGCUAACUUUGCACCGGAUUUAACCAUAGAGGUAAGCAAUGCUUUAGUUGAAGCAUCCACGCAGGGGAUGCUAGGUUCUAAGUGGGCAGAAGGUAUAUGCUCAUCGAAUCAUCCUGGCAGCCAGGAUCCCAACACUACAGGAGAGCCUUGCAAAUCCUGGUACUAGUCUCUCCUGGUCCUCCUAUUCGCAGAGGUGGGUCAUUUUGCUUUGGAUUACCGGUUCCCCUCUCUCCUACCUCCCUCUCAAUGUAGUGUGGUGGAGAGCCUGUUGGAGUAUGUUUACACAGGGACGGUCAGCAUCUCCCAGGACAACGCGCAAAACCUCCUCCGGAUGGCAAAAACUCUCCAUAUGGACACUUUGGAGGAGUGGUGCAUCCAGUUCCUGAUUAAAAGGUUUGUGUAGUGACUAAGCAGGUUCAAUUGAAACGGUUUCGCUCUGAAACUGUAUGUCUCGGUUCAAGUUAUUUCGCGUACUUUUUAGUCACAACUAACCAUUCAUCCUGGCUUCUUUAAACUCACUUUUGCUCAUGGUGGAAAUUGAAAGAACUUAAGAAAAAGACACCCCAUUUGCCUGCUUCACCUACAGGUGUUGGCGCGAGCAAUGUUUGUUGGUUCUAGCGUUAAUUGCCUUCUGCUCAGAUGGCCAUUAGACACUUGUCAAGUUAUCUUUCCAGGUAUGUGUUCGUUGAAGUAGCACAUUGUCUGUACAUUUUUGAUGAUUUGCUUCGCGUGAUGGAGGCUCGUCUUUGCUCAUUGUGAAAUCAUGGUCUAUGGUGUGAGUAAUUAUAAUAACAUAGCCAGAGGUAACUUCUCACGUCACUGUGUUUACUGUAUAAGUAGUAAAGACGACAGGCAUGAAACGAAACUGAAACCGUGACCACAAAUAAACCUCGUUCGAGCCCAGACUACUAGUUAUUUUGACGGUUCUAAAAGGAACCACUCAAGCCUCUAGAUGUUCCUAUACACCCGUAAUGUUUUCGAACGUAUUCCUUUUCUAGGUGCCAUCCGCCGUCCCUCUGAAAAUAAAUUUUGGUGCGGAUUUCCUUAGGAAUUACGCAACGAGUUGUCAUUUGGUAGGCUAAACAGUAGAAAUCCAAGCCACUAAGGGCCGCAUUACCCUACACGUCUAGUUCUGUGUUCAUCUAGCUACCAGAAUCAAUAAAUUGUCGGGGCGCUUUUUCCACCAGCCCCAUAAAUUUAACGUCUGGCCAAACUGCCGUUAGGCCAAGGCAAUACUAACAACUUUUUUGACACCAGUUAGUAGGCAUCGUCAACGGAAAUCCGGCAAGGAAGGGGCUUACACCUGUGCACUCCAGUAAGUAAGACGAUUCGCCAUCUAUUUUGUCAUCAUCGUCAAUAGCUACCACAAAGCAGCAACAGAUUUGGAUUACGAUAUUCGUGAUAUGCUACUCUGCCAGGUGAGACACCCCCUCAAUCGAAAGAAGUCCAUUUAGCGGAGUAUGUCUACCAGCACCGUUUUAAAGGAUACGACUGAUCGGGCCAAGGCUGCCAAAUAAGGUCAGGGAGGGAGGAAGAGGAUCGUGUCUGGCAGGAGGUACACUCAUUAUUUAUGACAGAUGUGCGCUCACCGAUUAGGUUAGGGGACAUGCUCGUUCCGUUGUGCCUUGGGACUCAUACUAGAACCCUCGCAGGCAGUCGCACAGUAACUGGUAGCAGUUGUCGGUAUCAUCUCAUCUACUCAUUAUUUAUUCGUGAAUACCUUAUCUUCGAAUAGAAUUCGGUCACAAAGUGGCUCAACCUGGUUUUUACUUGUAUAACAUAUCUAUUUACGUCACUUGGGUUGGCUUAAUUUGAUCCCUUGCUUUCACUCAUUCCCGUCAUGCCUUCUCCAAGUGUUACCAUUAGGAUUAGUGUUCAGCUUGAGGUCAGGAUAAGGGGGGUUAUGAGUUAGGGUUAGAAGUUAAGGGUUAUUGCUAGAGGUUAGGUUUAGGAGUACCAUCACACUCCCUGGUCCUCGACGUACACUGACCAGGAUUUUAUACAACAGCAAAAAUGAGGAGGCGACUUGGAUAACAAUUGACGCGGCGUGCGACUGCACAUGCCGUCACACCCCCCAAAUGUUAUGGAUGUGCGUUCCCGAUAACGCCUACUGGACCCCGAGUUGGUCCAGUGCGCCUACCUCGUGGCCCGUUUUAGAGGACAGGGUGGCUUGACAUUGUUUGCAGCGCCGAUCCAGUUUGCAGUCCGAAACAUGGCACAAGCCCGAAUACGCCACCCAUAAAACUCCUGUUACCACAUUUUUUGUAAUACAGGGAUUCUUGGCGCCCGUUUUCUCAGUGGGGACACAUACGCGAUCGUCACCCAGAAUUCGAAGGGGCUUUCGGCACGAAGACUGUCAUAAAACCGGUCUGAUAUAGGAACCUUUAAAAAUCAAAAAUAAAUACAAUUGUGAUGUUCUGUUUGAAAGGGGGCUCAACUCGUGGAGUAUUUCACAAACUGCACAUGAUGCGUUUUUAAAAAAACUAAAAGCAAUGUAACUGCUAACAAUCAGCACCGAACUUUAAUGUAAGGAUGCCAUGUAAAUACGAUGUGUAGCAAAAUAGUUGAUGCAGUUAAGUCUUUAUAGCCAAAACUUCCCUUGACGUAAACAUGUUCUCUUUAAUUGGAUUGCCAAAGUCAGUCAUUCUCUGCCAGCAUAUAUAUCAAAAAACUUACCCUUUUUUUAAAAUCGUAGCCUUUGGUACCGGUGACCAUACUGCCUGCCUGGGAACAACGAUCACAUUUGCCUUUCCUGCCAAUGAUGUACACAACUUAUGCAUUUGAUUUGACCUUCAAGCAGUGCCAACAGUCUUCCGCCUUCUCAUUCUCGUGAAUUUUUAUCAUUCUUUGUUGCUUUUGCCUUUCAGUAUAAAUUUGGCCAAUUUGUCGAAUCUCUGGGAGUUGUCGCAGGAUACGAACUGCGCUGUUCUGCAAGAGAGCUGUCUUGCAGUCAUGCGACGUAUCUUCGAAGAUUUUGUGUUCACCGACCUAUUUGCCUCGCUGUCGGCAGAAGCCCUGUUUAAACUCCUUGACAGUGACGAUUUGCGUGCGCCAAGCGAAGAGGCCGUAUUGCAAAGCGUCCUGGACUGGAUGACGAAAGACCAGGAGAGGACAUCUGGAGGGGGAGAAAAUACGCGAGUUGAAUACCUGCACCGGCUGCUGCCUGCUAUACGUUGGAGUGAAGUUCCAGACGAGAACCGAAAGAAACUCUGCCACAAUCCCUUCAUACAAGCCGACCCAAAAUGUUUGUAGGUUCCUACUGAGCCUGUUGAUUUUUUUAGGAGGGCCUUAUUUUAACCAAGAACAUUGUCUCUAAAUCACUGUUCUACUGUUUUGAGAACUAGGAAUAUCUUAAUACUAAAGCUGUUUUUCUCUAUUUACUGUCCUUCUGCUAGGUUCAGGACGCUAGUUUCACGUGAUCGGGUUCUCACACCUCAGUUUAGCGUCCCAACGUGGAUGUUCGAGUCUAGUCCUUCUUGAACGUCAUGACAUACCUAAUGUAGCGGUCUCCGUGUCCAGUAUGCGUUUUUAUAUUGCGAAAACCGCCGCGUAUAGUUUGACUGACUUCUCUUAGCCACCAUCUAGGCAGUAGGCGAAAACUCAUCUAAAUACGUAAUAGUAGUUUGCACUUUUAGCUAGCAAAAUAACAGGGUGAGGACUAUAAAGCUACAUAAGUCUACGAUAAUUCAACCGUCGCAAGAGUCGCCUUUUACAUCUACUCUGUUAGUGCCUGUAGUUUCGUUUCCGGCAUAGACUCAUCAAUCCUCCUCGCAGUGUGCCGUUCGAUCCUAACUAGACGUGCUCCUGCAGAACAAAGACUCUCGACAUGCCAGUGUGCCCCAGUACAUGAUUUUUCGGGGCCUUUUUCUUUCACUUUAAUCUUUGUCUCCUUAAAAGACAGCUUAAAUGGUGGCCCUUCAACUUCCUCGGUUGUCUUCGACGACUGUUCAGAUCCCCUUGCCAGAGAGCAAUGUUGUCAGGAUGAAACUCCUCUACUUCCCAAGGUUGACAUUCGAUUGACUUUUAUAGCCUACCGAAGGUCAGACUAACUUUAUAUGUCCCGGCCGCCACCUCGUCGUCAGUUUUGAUGAUCAGGGAGACGGAGCUGCCCAUGUAAAAGUAUCGGACCACUGUUGUGAGGCGAACAUCUGUGAUGUCGCCGGGGACUCUGUAUAUAUGACUGUUGGUUCCGAUUAGCGGACGAUAACCGUUUUCUGCAUGAUGCUAUUUAGCGGAAGUCCACACCCCCAGAGGUAUGUAGACCCAGACCUUGUCGCUUGUCUGCUUCAAUUGUAACGUUCGUUGAGCAGUCGUCAGCAAAAAAGGAACCACGUACCUGGGUCUUGGGGAUCUCUGCGGCAGCGUGUAUGUGGCGGAUGUUGAAAAGUUCCUUAUCAGUUCGAUAAUUAAUGUCAACGUCUGGUCUAUCUUCCCGGUAUGCAUCCAUCAGCAUUGUGGCGAACAUGAGUCUGAGGAGGCUUGAGACGAGCACGGAACUCCAGCCAUAUACCACUAUGAAGGCCUCCGCUGUUGAUCCGCUCAAGAAAGUCUGUUCAUAGGUUCCUUGCGAAUUGCACUUGGGCAGUUAAGGAAGUCACUAAAGUGUUCAGCCCAGCUUUCCAGUAUCUGCGAUUUUUCGUCCCUGAGGCUGUUCAAAUGCGUUGUGUAGCGGCACAGUCAUGAAGAGUCGGAGGCCGUAGCCUGUUUUGAUGGACACGAAGGAUUUCUUCACUUCAGCACGAUCUGCGUAUUCUUGGAUCUAAUCUGUCUUGGUAGUCAAUCAAUUGAUUUGUAUUUGCACCAUUCCCCGACAGCUGUCGACGGUAUUGGAAGGAAAUGGCCCUGUUUUGGCUAUACUGUUGUUCGUGUUAGUCGUGUGUAGGCUUACAUUUUCUCGGACAUCAGUCACUUUAUUUCGCCGUUAUUGUCACCAAGCCAGUCUUAGUGUUUUCGAGGACAGUGGCGCGGGUGGGAUUCCACAACAGCCGCGAAAUCUGCUCAUAAUCUUCAUCCUCCAGGGUUUGCGCGUGAUUGGUUUAUUUUCAUAUAAACGUUCUAGCCUACGUUCAGCCCGGCCCAGUGUGGUCCUGUUCAGCCUCAUCAGCACCCCCCUUCUUUGAGAAGGCCCCCUCGGUAGGGUUUUCAGUGCCACUUUUAAGACGGUCAGUCGGCCAUUUUGCACCUCGCUCUGUCUUUAUCAGGGGAAGGUCAAGGCGUACAGGCCUCCUGACGAGUACAUAGUACAGCAGUUCUCGUCGGCGAAAUCGAGGGUGCUCUCGUGUUGUUUUCUUGCGACUAGAGAACCAAAAGAUGGUGACGACAUGAUACUUCUCCCCUGGUUACGUGAUCUAUGCUCACCUGGGCUAUGAGAUCAUCGAAGACAGGCAGUUUGUCCACCUUCGGGAGAGGAUGCAGAUUUUCUCUAUAGCAUCAGCAGUAUCCGUCGCUGUGAGAUCUGAUAAUGAGAACAAGUUUCCCCCGAUGGCAUGGAGGUCUCACUGACAUGGGGGUUCUCUUCAGUCCAGGUGGAAUUGAAGGCAGCUUGCUGAGGAGGGUGUUUUUGGUGGCGAAGGCAACACCAGCUUGGUGAAUCUCUUCCUUUCGACGACCGCUCUAUAGCAAGGCGUAAGCUGCACCUACCUCAUUUAACUCUGUUCCUGCUCAGAGAAACAGGUCUUCGCUGGGUAUGAUGAUUUCCGCAUUGGAAUAAGUUAGUUAUUGCACAAUCAGAACAGUCGUUCUGUAUGGUCGAUUGGCCAACAAAUUAUCGGAAAACGGACAUUCCAGAUUGCCAGAAUGAGGGGGAUCGAGCGCAGAACAUAGAAUAAACUUCUUCCUGCGUACUUCGUUGCUCCUUAGGUUUUAUCCGUGUCUUUUGAUGCAUAAACUUUUGUUGCCCGACGGUUACCUCAUUUCGACCUUAAAAGUUUCAUGCAAAUUCUAGCAGAAAUUAACUCCGCACCGCCAGCGCCACGGAAAUGGGCUUAAACCUCUUUGUUGUGUAUGCACUGAUACGUUGUAUUUGUUACUAUUGUUCAUCAUUUUGUCAUUUUAUGACGUUCCCGUUCUCUGCUGGCAGUUAUUUUAGGCCUUGAAUAGUUGACCUGCCAUAGAAUCGUUUUUCUUAUUUGGUAGUUUUUCGGAAAACGUAUUAUUUCUUAGUCAAUAAAUAAUAUUUUUUUAAAUCAAACUGUGCCUUAUUUUGAAGCUCGGUCGUAUCUUUAACGCAGUAUACCUUUCGUGGAUGCGGGCUGGGCGUUUCGUGCGCUGCAGCGAUUUGAGUUCACAGUUCAUGACCUUUCAUCAGAUAGGUCACGAACCGUAUAUGACGGUUGAUGCUGAUGUACUUUAGGGUUGCAUAAUGGCUUCUCUCCGCUGUUUGGAAUUUGUUUCUCAUGCAGUUCCAGCUGAAUACCUUAAUAAAUCUGAAGAGGGAGAUUCUAGAAAUACCUCUUCUAUUGGUUUUUGUCGAUUUUUCAAGAGAUUCUUACCAUCUAUGGUUGUACUUUAAUUGACCAUGCAGUCAUCUGACAGCGGAAGUUUUAAGCCGCAUGCUUGUCCUACUUGUAUCUUUGUUUUACACAGUAAGGCUAUUGUGGACAUGUUUCGCUCGAUUUUAUUGCUUCGUGGACUGUUCAGUUACGCGACCUAGGGGGAGUGGAUUAAACAUCAAAGAAGUAAUCGGGUCAAGUUGAUGAACGCAGACUGUUAAAACAUAGAAAUUCGUCGGUCAGGAAACGUCAAACUGUCAACUCCCCAGGCCACGAGAGAUGCGCCUCCGGCUUUGCGAUCCUAGCACUCAGUCUGAGCGACUUUCCUACUGGGUUAUAAGCCACUUGGGCGGAAUUAUCGGCUUGGCUUACAAGCCCAAGACUAGGGAAUAUCAAGUAUCCGCACGAGCACCAGGUGGGCCCCUCGUAGCUUGGGGUUUGCAGAAUCCCAAGCAAAUUGGGGUCUUGGCAUCUCAUCCCUGUCAAAGUGUGCACGUUUUCCGUCUGAAAAACAAGCAAAGACCUCCUGUCUGUCGUCAAGGCCUUUUUUUGCCUCGCCAUAAACCUUUGAGUACUAUCUAAUAGUCAGGAAUUCCAACAAACACCGGUUAGAAUCCCCAAUGACUUAAGAUGGAGAUCAAUGCCAGGUUGGCUACCUGCUGUCAACGAUGUCACUUAUCGAUUUUCCGUUAUUCCAUGAGCAGCAGUUGUGAAAUACACCUUUGCGCGCCGGGGCCAGAAUUUGAUCUUUGUUUAAAAGAGGAGUAAGAUAAUAAGACGCCCCAGAUUUACUGGGCGUUUGGGAAUAUCACGACAGUAACGCUCUGCGUUAAAAGAUUGCAAAGGGGAAUCACUGUUUUAAGACAUUGGCCAGAUGUGGUUAUGCAGCCCCACCUGAAGUAAACAAACCCCAGCCGCCUGUAAUACGGGACCGGUGGUAAUAGGGGGCUUUACAGAGGGGGGGAGAACAAAUAGGCGACGAGGUCAAGUAACUGUAUGCAAAAGAAAAGCUAUUGGGAAUGCGCGGUUGUACUUUGAGUGGUUGGGAAAUAGUUGCCCUAACCCUAACCCUUAACAGUUUUGUGCCCACCAGGUGCGGCUGCAUAACCACAUCUUACCAGGACAUUUGUCAUCUUGCACGCUCAUUAGCAAAUACGACUUUAGUUACGAUACUGUAGGAUCCGGACUCAGCUCUAACAUUUUUCUAGUGCAGCCGCUACGGAUGAUCGACGAAGAAUACCUGGUCAGUAACUUGGCCAGACCACAAUUCCCCUGAUUCUGUUCUGAGAUCUUUGAAACCUCUGCAGGCUAUACGCGUUCGCCUUGCGCCGCAUGAAGUGAGUUUAUGCGUUCGGCACUCGCUGCCGCGGUGUAUUUCUCGGAGGGCUGGUUCCUUACGGAUAGUAGUCCCAAUUCACCGAGGCUUUCCGACAGAGUCUCGUGGAGUUUCAACUUCUUUACUGUACUGUUGCAGAAUUGUAGCCUCUCGAAUACACCGGGUGGUUUUGACUCAUAGAAAGCUAUCGGCGUCAUUUAAUCGUGUUGUGGGAAGAAAAGAGCGAAAUCCAGCGCCUCCAACCACCCUAUAGAAGGCCUAAUGCCUGGAUGUCAGCCUCAAAAUUCCCGAUUUUAUGCCUGUAAGAUACGCAUGUAUGAACUGGGGGACAAUUGCACAGAAGUGGGUCCUUGUGUUGAAGGAGUGUUAGAAAGCACUGCCAAUCACAGACGCGAUAACGUGACUGCCACACGGAAAGAUGUUCCUUUUUAUUCCCGUGCCUCUCCUGGGGAUGCAGUCAGUUCAACCAAACUCCUUCAUAAGCUAACAGCAUCCUUUGAGAAAUCAUUUACGCCUCCUUUUCCCAUUGUGCGCUCGUAGAUGCGCCGCAGAAAUUUGGAAAUGAUUAAUAAUGCUUGCAUCCUCUGUUUUAACACCAAGGCCUGACUAACCAGCUCCCUGAGCAGGGACCUAUCCUAAUGUAAAGAGCCUCACUGGCACACUUGCAACUGCAUGAAUAUAUUAUAUGCUUCAUAGGACCUAUUUGGAAGUUGUUAACGCCUGGAUCGAGAAGCAUACUGGACUUGGUGAAGAAGCAUGUCCUUUCAUCCCAUAUCCACGGAUCAAAGGUGAGGAACUCUGCCUCGUUCUCGGACCCCGAAAAACGUUGGAUGAGCCUUCGUGGACCGUCGAAGCCUACGACCCUAGCUCCGGCCACGGCCAGGCUGUGGGCAGCAUGAAACAUCGUUUCGACUCAGCCAUUGUCAUGCAAAACGGUGAGAAAUCAAAUACUUAACUCUAAUCAGUCUGGAUGUUGUAAAUACCACUUGGCAACUACAGAACCAACCCUACGCUGUAAAACAUUUUAUGUGGUGUGCCUAUUCUCUAAGUCUCUUCUCUCCCCCCCCUUUUCUCUCCGCCAAAGGUUCUUUGUACGUGAUUGGUGGAUGGGAUGAGCACUCGCGUUGUCGUUCCGUGGAGGUUUUCAAUCCCAUGACUGCAACAUUCGCGUCCGCUGCACCAAUGCAUUUCGAGAGAAGCUGCCACGGCGCCGCUGCUGUGGGGCACGAUAGCAUCGUAGUUUGUGGUGGCGAAAAUGAAGCCGGCCCAGUGCGUUCAUGUGAACUGCUGAAUACGAGACUUGACAAGUAGGUCCUUUUUGUUACUUAUGCUGCUGAUAGUCAUCUUGAAGUUCCGAAAGCGUCGAUAAUGUCAAUAUGGUGUGUAAAUCAGGAUGUACAGUGCGUGACCGAUCUAAUGAAAUGUUAACCGAAAUUCAGAAAUGCGUUUUCAACUGGGAAGAAUUAAAAGGGUGGCGUUGUAAUAUUAGUAAUCAUGUACCAUAAUCCCAUAGUAUUUCAGAGUCGCCAAGAUGUCGGCUUUUGAAUUCACUUCUUUCUGACCUCCGGCAGAAAUCGUACUUGGUAAAAAACUACUACUUACGUAGAAUGCAUUUUACACAUUGAUUUUCGAUGUUUUGAUAAAUUCAAAUAUAUUUUAUAGAAAACAUGCACGAAAAUAUGUUUUCUUUUGCUUCUUUGGUAGAAAAUAACAUUUUCUUCACACUUUAUACCCAGAAAAAGUAUAUAUUUGGAUUUUGAAAAAGUUUCCCCAUUCCCGAAUAAUUUCGAGCCUGACCAGCCGUUGCAUUAGCGUUUAACGAUUGCAUUCCACAAGCUGCACGCGUUCCGCGUAAAGAAAAUCGUAUAUUCCUCUAUGCCUUUAAGAAGAUACUAUAAAGCGUUUAUAAAAUUUUGCCAUGGAUACGGGUUGUGUUUUACAUUUCACGAGGAGUAUUGGUAAACGGACACGUACGAUGCUGCAUAUAUGGACAUCGCACGGUCCUUAAAACCUCAUAAUUAGGAACUUUUUUAAAACCAAAAGAUGACCUCUUUUAAGGUAUAAAAUAUAACGUCAGUGUGGUUUUCUACCAAACAAGCAAAAGAAGGCAUAUUUACGUGCAUAUUUUCCAUAAAAUAUAUUUGAAUUGAUAAAAACAUCGAAAAUCAAUGUGUAAAAUGCAUGCUACUUAAGUAGCCGUUUUUCACCAAGUACGAUUUCUGCCGGAGGUCAGAAAGAAGUGAGUUCAAAAGCCGGCAUCUUGGCGAGUCUGAAAUACUACGGGAUUAUGGCACAUGAUUACUAAUAUUACAAUGCCACCUUUUUAAUUCUUCCUAGUUGAAAACGCAUUUCUGAAUUUCGGCUAACAUUUAAUUAGAUCGGUCACGCACUGUGCUUAUAUUCUUCCUGCCUAGUAGACGGCCUGUUUGAUUAUAGGCUUUGAUGUGUUGUGCCGAUUUGCUCACGGAAAGGCUACUUUGCUGAGUAAUCUUUUCCUUUCCCUCCUCUACCCCUGCACGCUCGCGUAGGUGGAUCCCCAUUCCGGACAUGAGACGUGGUGUCCAGCGGCACUGUGUUGUCGCACUGGAUGACGGUCGUGUUUUUGUCAUUGGCGGAAUGACCGAGACAGUGGGCCACGCUGCCGACGUUGUGUACUGCAAGCUGGCAGCGAAUACAGACGUCGGAUCCAUCAAUCCGACGGACUUCUGGAUGCAGGCCGCGCCGCUGAACGUGGCGCGUCACAGUCACUCCGCGGCCGUGGUUGGCGACCGCAUAGUAGUUGUUGGUGGCUUUGACCUUGUCAGUGGUCACACCAACACAGUGGAGAUGUUUACUCCGCCUUGCCGACUCGGGGACUUGGGCCAAUGGACGAAACUCAGCCCUCUCAGUCCUGAUCAGAAUGUCCUGUCGUUGACGGUGUGCUCCGGUCGCCCCAUCGCUUUUGGUAAAGCUCUCUGAUUAACGCUGAUCUGUGCAAUACUUGCUCCAGUGAUUUGGCUGAAAGAUGCCUUGGCAGGUGACAUGAACUGCUGUAAGCGUCAGGAAGGCUUAUUUCUGAAUUUGGGAUCCAGCAGACUAGAUACCGGGUCGCCUCCCUCUUAAGGACUUAUGGAAAGUAUCCGGAGCUCUGAACGAUUUUCUGUUCUUAACAUACUCCUGCCUGGGACACUUUAGUCCCCUUUCCGUUGUUCUUGACCAGGUUUAGCUGAUCGCCACGACCUCUACUGAAUGUAAGCACACUGGUUGACCGCAGAAGACAGCUGCUUCUCAUGGAAUCAAACACGUCGCUUAUUUAUCGCUCAGCAAGAAGGCCUCAAACCCCUCCCCCAACAUUUAAAACCGUCCCAACUUCUUUCCAGUGCAUUUUCAUGGCACAUUUUUUAUUCCUGUAACUUUUUAGCAAGCUUUCUUUAUUUUCGAAUCGCAUUAUUUUUAAAUCCACCACCGCUGGGUGGAAGGGUUUAAUCCACUUUACCGGGCACCUUCUUCGGAUUAAGCACUGGGGUCGAAACGUAUUUGUUGGCAGCAAUGUGAAUUAACGAAAUAGCUUACUGCUUCUCCCAGAAGUUGACGUUUUUUGUGUGACGCCAACCGGCACGAAUCGAACAAAGGUUCGUCUACUGCUCUGAUAAGUCCCUCAGUUCGCCAAAACAUUCUGCAAGAGGAAUGACAUGAUGAGCUACUUAAGGCUGUCGGUAUUUAGUUUGUCGCUGCGGUUCGUCUACGCGGUUUAUUUCUUUGGCUUUUCUUUCUUCCGCCAGGUGAAGAGGGUAGAACCUUCGUUUUGGGGCCAAAGGCAACGGUCAAACUGUCCGUCUGUAGUCAGCUGAGGGCAGAACGGGAGCAGGUAGGUCCUCCCCUUUCGAUCCUUUCUGUUGACUUUCAAGGGAACGUUUGUAUUCCAGUUACGAUUUUGUGGAUUUCGGGGGUUACCGAUCGUGUGUGAGCUCCAAAAAAUCAGUAUUGGGCAGGAUUAACGAUAGUCUCAUGGAUUUGAACAAAACUGCUGUAUUCCCAAAGCAGGUGGUGAUACCACCCGUUAGUGCUGUCAGAAUCAGAACAGAUUACGCCUGUGUCCUAUUAAUGUCCUUGCCCAGUCUUUGGUAGAUACCGUUGUCCCGAAAUAUGUGGGCUUCUGACCGGAGGGGGUCGGUCGCAUUUGUAGUCAGAUAUCAGCAAAGGCUUCAUGUGAGGGGGACGUGGCUUUGGCAGACGCUGUAUUGAUUCGCGUCCUCGUCACGUCUUUUUUCAGUCCGGCCCCACGCCCACGAACUCUGCUGCCCGGCCUCUUAGUGCCGCAUGGCUCAAGUGCAACUCUUGUACUCGCUGACCCACGUGACGCCCACGGCAAAGUCGCGUCCCCUCUACUCCCAGAGGAUAUUUCGUCCGUCGCCAGCGUCGUGGACACUCUGUUCCCCCGGAUGCGGUGACGACUUGCGCAUGCAAGGCCCCCAUCUAAAUGCUGCCUUUAUGGCAUUCUCACCCAUGUGAGGUCCAAGUUGCAAUGGGAACCGUGUCGUGUGUGGUCCGACUAGACGGGCUGUUUAACUUUGCCAGUCACAGCGCCCGCGCUCACCUCCUGCCGUCUUUACAUUAUUUUGCCUUCGGAUCAGGGCGGGUGUGGGGAGGAAAAGAAUGCGGUAAGUCCUGCUUCAUUCAACUCCCGCGCAAUGCACCGGAGCUGCACCCACUCCCUGCGGCACGUAGUGUGCGUCGUCGGUUGAGAAGGUCAAACUAUCAGCAGGAAAGAUUUUCGCAAGAUUUUCCGCGUUUCCGCUUCCACGUUCAGACUAUUUCAGUGGUAAGACAGACGCAAGACGAUCAGAGCGAUCGUAGGUCUGUCCUUGGCCCUUUCUCCGUACGCUGCUACUACAUUGUAGCUGGAACACUCGAAUUGUUUGUACCCUUAUUUCUAUUGCCCACCCUACUUCCAGAGCUUUCUCCCAGAGGCGUAUUGGCCUUUCCAGGCGACCUACCCCGGAUAACCUACCACCUGGAAGCCAUUGGUUCCCUACCUCUACAUAGAGUUGUGCUUGCCUCUUUAGUACAUGUUUGGAACAGUUCGUUGUGUGGGUUACCUUUUUACCUUCAUCGCACUAUGUCUUUGCUGAGCAUAAGCCAACUUUGAUUUUCAUUCCCUCAGGGAGAAGGAAUGGCGAAUGCAAUAGGUAAGAGCGAAAGUGGCGAAGUAGCCAGCAGAUAAGUAGUUUACGGAAGCCAAGUUCCAUCGAUCGUUAGGAGGCGUAAUAACUUACCGGGACAUUAAAUUCCGAGGUCCGUUCAUUCUAUCUCGCGCUCUAGACCCAUGAGCCUCCGGUCCCGUCCGCCAUAUCUGAUCUGAAUGGAUAAACCUAGCUGCUUUAUUAGUAACGCACUAAUUACUGCCCGCAUCUGCUCCUAUGUUGCGUUUCGGGUUCGCAUCGACUCCUACAAUUGCGCCUGUAAAUUGCUCUAUCAUAGAAACAAAUCGAAUUUUCUCGGAGCGUGCGAUAUAAAUCAUCUCAAGGUGGUUUGAGUUUUAGAAAUGACUUUUUCAUGCAUGUUUACGGUAUUCAUAGGAAUCGAGGUCGUCUCUUUUCAGAUGUCGGCCUCUCCUGCUAUGUGGGUAGCAUUCUGAUUAUUUGCUUGGACCACGGUGCUCGGUGCACAAUAGAUUCUGCAGGAGAUACUGUUUAAUGGCCCCGAGGAUGGGGUCCUGGACAUGCUAGUACGCCUUAGUUUAGCUCUCGCUUCUGAGGCACCGUCUAAUUCGGACUUUUCAACUUUAUGACGACAAUUUUGCUCACGUUUAAGUACGUGCUUAGGAUUUCUCAAGAUUUAGUACUCACUAUGCUUACAUUCUGGCGUCAAAGGCUCACUGUGUAACUAAACUCAUGGCUCCCAGUUGGGCCUCGUAGCCCAGGUGACCAGAGCGUUGGCUGUGGUAAAGCCUUCUCCUUGCUGUCACGGGUUCGAAUCCUACCGAGGCGCCGAGUUUUCACAUUUGGGUCAUAAUAAAUUAGUUUUACUCUGUUUAUUCAGACCUACUCUUCGAACUGUGGUGCUAAUCACUUAGCUAAAAACGCAGAUAACUGAGGAUUUCUCCCUACUAUCAAGGGAGGUGAUUUAUGAUUCGCAAAAGGCAAAUGAUCACAGUUUCCGGGGGUAGACUUCAGGUAAAAGAUCAUUCUAAGAAUUGAGUUUAGGAGGCAUAUCUUUUGCCCGCAACCAUACAACUUUGAUCUCUUCGCUGCAGAAUUUGGCAGGCAAAAUAUAUGGAUACGAAGGUACUGGUACGAAGGUAAUGGUUAACUGACAGAUGUUCUGCCCCACCUUCUAUCACUGCUCCUACUAUGAGUAGAAAGAGAGCUGGUGGGCAUUGUAUGUAUAGCAUAAAUCAGAUUCAGCAUAUCCCGGCUGCUAUAUAAACCCAUUGACUUAUUUUUAAUUUUUUGAUCGCCUUUACACGAUAAUUACUUUUGUGCAUGUCGUCGACAACUCUCCUGCAGGUUGGUUUUUAGAAAAAAGAAAUUAGUGGCACCCCACAGUGGACAUCAACCGGAAUGUUAAAUCUGAUAGCCUCUAAACAACGGUCUCGGGUUUUAAAAGGUUUCUCUAAUCCCGGCCUCAACUAGUUAUAAAUGAUAAGCAGGCUGACAGCAGUUUUGAUCUGAUGAAAAUAUGUACAAGUAAAAAUUAUUGUGUAACUACCUGUGUUUGUUCGUCUAGAAGCUUCCAUGCGCCAAGAAGGAGUUAAGGGACUGACUGUCACAUGAGUCUCCUGCCGGUCUACCUGACUGAGGCAUUCCUGGUUCAAGGACACAAGUACUGCAGCCUGUAGAAUGUUUUGGAAAUAGUUAUUUUUGAAGCCGGACAAUAGGUUAAUUUCACUGUUAUGUUAACGGACAAAAAGCAUUGGCAUAAAACCCUUUGAUUUCGAAGACGUCUUUGAAUGCCAGGCGAUGGGCAUUGCUCUGUGCUGCUGUUCAUGUCCCUCGGGAAGUUUAAUUGGUUACUUGUUGUACGCCCCCUCAUGCUGUUGUCCUCUACUUGCAGUGCUUCUUUCUUUCCUCCCCCCCCUCUCUCUCUCUCCUCUAGAAACCCGAUCUAGAGGCCUGGCAGUGGACCGAGUUGCCGAAACUUUCCUUUGUGUCCUGCGUCCAGGCCGCCGUUGCUACUCCCCGCGCACUGACUUGUUACAAGGCUGGAGCAGAGCAUGCCGAGCAGAAGAAGUAG